ACUUAGAGAGAGGGUUUUUAUAGAAAGCUCCUGAAUUGGUGACUGGACUGUGAGAUAUUAUAAUAAAGAAGAACACUAAAGAGAAAAAAGGAAUCAAGAAACUGUAGAUGACUGAUGGUCUCUCCACCUUGUGAUUGCUGGACCCUCCUCUACUAUGCUCAAUCUCAUCAAGCUACCUCAAGUGUUCACUAUCAACCAAGUUCCAAAAGUCUUCCACGAGGAUGGCAUCAUUUCUGGGUAUCGCCACCCAUGCAGCUCUGCCAAAGACUGUGUGCUUAGUCUUUUCCAGUUAACGAAUGAAACCCUCAAUAUUUGGACUCAUUUUCUGCCUACAUGGUUUUUCUUAUGGAAACUGACAGUAGUACUAGUGCAGGAUGACUUGCAGGAUCAUUUCACCUGGCCCUUGCUGGUGUUCCUUUUGUCAUGCUGCAUGUACCCACUCGCUUCCAGCUGUGCUCAUACUUUCAGUACCAUGUCAGAGAGGGCCAGGCACAUCUGCUUUUUCUUUGAUUAUGGAGCACUCAGCUUCUAUAGCCUUGGUUCUGCCAUCACUUACUCUUCUUACUCAUUUCCAGAUAAAUGGGUCAAUAGCACAUUUCACAAAUACUAUGUUCCUAUAGCUGUUGUCAAUUCUGUUUUUUCCACUGCACUGGCCUGCUACUCAAGACUGGGUUUACCAUUUUUUCAGUAUAAUUAUCACAGCAUUAAAAGUUGUUCUGGAAAAUUAGAUCAGAAACUCAGUAAAUGUCUACGGAUAAUCGCCUUUGUCUAUCCAUAUCUCUUUGACAACAUCCCUCUCUUUUAUAGAAUCUUUGUGUGCGUUGGUGAGGGUUGCACUGUUAAUGAAGCCAAUACUGUUCACUAUCAGCAUACGUCAUUCCUCACUGGCUUUCUUUUUGCCACACACCUGCCUGAACGCUUGGCUCCUGGCAGUUUUGACUACAUAGGUCACAGUCAUCAGCUCUUUCACGUGUUCGCUAUUAUUGGCACAUAUUUCCAGAUGAGCGCCAUUGAACUUGACAUGGCUGCACGGAAGCAGUGGCUUCAUGCUCAUUUUCCACCAGUCACCCUUUCAGACACUGUGGGAGCGGCAUUCUUUAGUGUGGUCUGCGGCCUUUGUAUAGUAUAUGGCUUCAGUCUGGCACUUUUCUCCACUUGAGGUGUAAAGGACAAAUUAAUUUGAAUUGUGACAUUUGAUUGGGUUACACAGGGCAGCUAAGUUAGUUUCCCUUAAAGGGGUCAUAUGAUGCUUUAAGGUAAAAAAAAAAAAAACGUUAUUUUUCAAAUACUUUACAUUAUUGAAUGUCCUCUAUGCCCCACCUCUCUCAAAUGCUUAGUAGGCGUUUACUACAAAGUCCCUCCUUCUGACAAGUGCAGUCUGCUCUGAUUGGCCAACUGACCCAGUGCAUUGUGAUUGGCUGAACACCGCAAGCACACGUCAGUAAUGUAACGCUCCUUUCCAUAAUCGCGAGCUUGUUCUUACAAAAUAAAUGUAAUGACAGUUAAUAAUGUCCAUAGUUUUACAAUCAGUUCAAGCUUGAAAGGGGAACAGAGUCGCGUGACAGACACAAUGAUGAAGCUAGUAUGUUUGCAGUACACAAGCCACAGACGGUUAAGACAGCUCUCUCUCUCUCUCUUUCUCUUUCUCUCUCUCUCUCUCUCUCACACACACACACACACACACACACACGCGAUGCGCAAAACUUUGCAUUGGAACAUUCAAUAGCAAAUACUUAAACUAAUAACAAAACAUACUUACAGUAGCUGAUUCAGAAGAACCAGAUUGUCAUUGCAAUGUCAGAAUGACCUCCUCUCAUAGGUUCAUGAAACGGUCGUCCAUAAAAAGCGUUGCUGGUCUGUUGUAAGUAAUCUUAAAGAUUCCUA